AGAAUGUUGGUUUUAUAAUGUGUUCGUAUUUUUAAGUAAUUACAGCUGCCAAAAUGCCAAUUUUAAAAGUUCCAGUUGUGCAUAAAUUUGGAAUAAUUUCUCACAGCCAAAGAUUAGAGCUUCAGCAACGCUUGAUUCGACAAUCUUACAAUGAACCACAAGAAUCAGACAAGCGACAAAGUUACACAAACCCCCUUGAAGUUUCCGAACAAUUCGUUCACAAAUAUAAUGCUUCUGGGAUACAAGAGAAAGAACACCUCAGAGAUAGAGCGGAUAAAAUGAUCCAAAGAUCUAAGAGACGGUGUGGUUAUUCAACUUAUGGUGAAGGUGACCAUGUUGAUUUACCAUUAGCUUGGUCAGAGUUGGCCAUACUUGCUCAGUGUAAAGGGAAACUACAAGAAGACUGCUUUGACAUUCUAUGCACCACAUUGGACCAAGCUCCCUUACAUGAAGAAAACAUUCCAACUUUAUUCUUCCUCGCUGAGAGUGCUCUAUAUUGGUUAAGAACAGAUAUUUUAAAGCAAGCUUUUCUCCGAGCUGCAGAAGUGAAAUUACUUAAGAUGGCUCAACUUGUAUUCUCGCGUCUCUUGUUCCACCAUUUAUCCGGACACCUGCGUGGGUUAGCCGAAUUUAAAACAAGAUUAAAUACCUAUUUGGAUGGAAUAAAGGAACACCAAUCAUCUUAUCAAUGCUACCCUGGUGUAUGGCUGUGUGUGAGGUUCAUAAGUAGAGUGGGGGAAAUUAUAAUCGGACCUUAUGCUACAAAAACUGUUUCGAAAGAUGAUGUCAAUGAAUCUGUGCCAGCAUUAGCAGCUUGUGUGUUUCGUGCACUAUGUUUAUGGAAGUGCGUAUCAACUACUAAUAUUGGUGUCAAGAGAGCAAUCGUUGAAAUGUUGUUAGCAUCACAGGAACUAAGCAACAAUGACUGGGUUGAUGGUUAUGUAGCUAUCUCAAUAUUAGCUGAAGCAUCCAAGAUUAGUUCACCUGCAUUAAGUUGCUUGCAAGAUCUAGCAAGAGGUGUUAGGGUGACUCAAACAUCUGAAGGAAGAUUUGAAACGACGAUCGAUCAUUUUCCUCCUCCCCCCAUCAAUACUGCUCCGGAAACGGCUCCCACAAGGUCCGGAACAGACCUGCAUCCUCCUGCUCCUGCUACAAGUGAUAAGGAUGACUUGGGAAAGAAGAUUGAAGAAGAGAUGAAAGGAAUGAUGGAGGAUAUCAAUCAGACAAUGGGGCAAAGUAACGAAGAGAUAACUUUUAUAAGCGAAAGCAGUGCCCAUACAGUGAGUGUUGAACAAUUGAAUAACUCAAUUCAUCAGUUGGGGAUCAAGCAAAGUGCUGGGAAUAACCAGAGCCCAACAUUUGGAAUCGGUAGUUGGUGUUGGGAAACAGGAUACCAGUAUUCACAAAUACUUGCUGAUAUUUGUCUUAAUGCGGGAACGACCGACAUCAUGAAAGUUGCACUGCUUGGUAAGUGGCAGGACGCUGAUGUUACGACAUUUCGAGCUGGAGCAGCUAACCCAUGCGUUGAGAGUUGUGCGUUGGUAGAUAUGUUGGAAUAUAGAGGCGCACAACCAAGAGGGGACAUUGUGGAACAUAUGAAGAAAGUAGAUUGGACAUGGAAACUGCGAUACGGGGCUUUAUCUGCGGUAUCAAAGUUGGUUCAUGCUUUACAAGGGAAUGAAAUGAAACAUGGGUCAAGAUCUGCAGCUUGGUCGUUAAUGCUGGCUGUGCAGGAAUCUCCCGUCAGUGAAUCUCGAGUAUUGGAAGCGAUACGUGUUGCUCAAGUUGAAUUUGUAAAUAUCAACAUCAACAACAACCCAACAACAAGUGUUUGGAAGAGGAUUGCUGAAUCCUUGAGUGAGAUUUAUCUUCUCCCACCUCCUCCUCCUCCCCCCGCUUCCAGAAGUGGAAGAGUCGGACCUCGGAACACACCAAGUCCGAGAAAACCUCGAACUCCACGUUCUGUAAAAAUUUCAAGGCCAACCAUCAAAGAAGAACUUUUAAUCCACACUUCAGUUGAAAAUACAAACCCAGAGUUUAACGCAAGAACGUCAUUGGAUUUAAAUCGAGUGAUUGCUGACCAGUGGAGAAAAGAAGUUAUGCGACAACAAAAUAAGGAAGAUGAUGAGAGAAUCAAAGAAAUGAAGAGAGAAAGGGAAGAAGAAGAAAUAAGAGAUAGAGAGAUAUUAGAAAAAAGAAAAGAGAAACUUAAAGGAAGACCGACGGCCAACCUGGCUCCUUAUCAAAUAUAAUUUUUGUAAAUUUAUUUUUUUAUUUCUGUAAAUUACAAAGUUUUUUUUUUAAAAGUUUUGCAAACUGGGGUUUAAAACUGACAUUUUUCUCUUUCUUGUCAUAGGGAACAGGAGAUAAAAUCUUUUUUGGGGAAGAGAAAAUUUCUUGGAAAAUAUAAUAUGCCUAGGAGCAACAGCUGUGGUAUACAUAAACAAAUACAGGUUGUAUCUAACUAGAAAAUUUAUUUUGAUACAUAGUACUACACAGCACACAAGGUUGCAUAUAUAACACUGCAUAACUCAACACACAGGCAAGUUUCAAGGAACAGCAACUUUGGCACUUCUUACAAUACACAACUUGCAAUAUACAGACAUUUUUACAUGAACUUAUGAAUUACUAAAAAUGUAGGUCAAAAACAAAUUUGAAAUUUACGGUGGCAUUUGGCAAAUGCCAUAGAGUUGACACUGGAAUGUUAAAGUUAAAAAGAGUUGGUAGCAUUUGUUACUGAAUUUUUUUGCCAGAGAUUUUUUAGGUUAGUUUUUAGAUUUGGAAACUCAAGUUUAAAUAUCUGUAACCAUAUUUUUAACAAGGUAUAGGUUUUAAAAAUCACACAGAAACGUUGGGCUGUAAAUAAAACUAAUCUACAAAAAGCUUUUAACUCAGAACCCUCCUACUUACAAGAAAUUUAAAAAAAAGUGUAAACAAAACUAUAUCUUCAUAAAUGCUUUACAUCUUAUAAAGUGUACAAAAAUACGAAUUUAGGCAUUAAAUAUCUGAAAUAUUUAACAAACUACGAAGAAAAUAAAUUUAAAACUGUUCUUCUGGUAUCAAAAUAAGCAUAAAAUAUAUUAUGUAAUUGUAACCAUAGUUUUGUCUGCCAUUGAGCAAGACUAAAAAAACAAAAAUUGGUUACAAAAA